AAUCGACAGGUUCUAAUCAUUUCACGGGUGUGGACAGUCAUUUCAGUGCCGCUCCAGCAGGGCACGUAAAACAGGGCUGUCACAAAUACACGAGGUAACAUAAUGGAUAAACUCUGUAAUCUAGAGUUAAAAAUAAGAAUGCAGUUUUAAUUUACUCGUACAAGUUGGAAGUAUACAAGAUGGAAGUCCUUGGCCUAUGCUUGCUUAUGAUUUUUCUGACAACAAGGGGCCUUGCCCAGAUGGCAGGAUCAACAUGUACUGCAACAAAUGAAAGGACGAUAAAGUGCAUGUUCCCAGAAAAUGUCAAUGAAGCACAAAACGACUUUUCACUCUUUUUUAUUUCUGACGGGGGAGCUGAAGAGCUCCUGGUUGAGUGUACGUGGAUGGAGUCGGAGUUUUACUGCAUCACACAGGAAGGCUUCGAGCUUAGAGAACCGUUGUCAGACAUUGCUGAAAUCACCAUACCCACAAAGUUUUUGGACAAAAAAGGAAGUUAUCAAUGCAUUUUCGACAGAUAUGCACGUGACAGUUUCAUGCCCUGCCGGCUACCGGACAGACAAGAGUUUGUUCCUGAACUGUUGGCGGAUUCCAAGCGUUUUUCAACAUGUGAGAUAAAGGCAGAAUUAGAGGCACAUCAAUUCAUUUUGAAGUGCAUAUUUUCCUCUGACAUUGAAACUUUCAGUGUCAUCUGCAACAGUGCUCUUGUAGUCAAAUACACACGAUCAUCUUGCCAAAGUUCAAGCGUGUGUCACAAUUUUCUUGAAGACAACAACCAUGUGUUUAGCGUGAGGUUGAACACUUCAGAACAAGCACACAGCGAAUAUCUUUGUCAGCCGGACGACGUUUUCUUUGAGGUUCAUGGAUGUAGUGCAGCUGUUGAAAAACAUGCAGAAGCGUCACGUGCACCUUCCGUUGUGAUAAUACUCUCUUUCGUCUGCGUGAUGUGCCUUGUGUCAACGGUUUGGCCUCUUUCUACAUAUGCCUAAAAAGUUUAAGUUGUGAGUGUGUCGGGUACAGAAAUAUCGACACGCCCAACAAUCUGAAAGGGACGUUGACUUCUGACAAGUACGGCAACCAAUGGCAUCGUUUCAACCGAAGAAUCCCACAGAGGCCGUUUUAAGUUAAUAAGUAAAUACGAAAAGAAUCUUCUCUUUCAAAGGAAUCCUAAAUGUGCGCUUUUUUUUGGCUGUUUCAAGUUGAAGCGCCAAUAUUUUCAUUCACUUACACUUAAACCUCUCUAUUAACUUUUCUUUUCUGGGAGACCUUCAGGUUGGCAGCAUCCGUGGGCCUUAAACCUCCUCUACUGGGUGACCAUAGAAGGAGGUGGCUACACGUAUGCUUUGCUGCCUUUUUCUCCUGGGAUAUUAAGUAUAAAUAUACUGUGCUGUUCAUUUUUUCACAUUUAUCUAUAGAGCUAAACAGUAUUUAUGAGUGUGAAUCAUUGUGCCAAAAACAACUAGACAUAUUGGUCAUAAGAUGGCAAAACUGUUGCUAUUUCCGCUAGGGCACACAUGAAAAAUGUGGACAUGUUUGUCUCACUAGUCUAAAAGUUGGCAUUGAUGUUGCGAUGUCGGAUCAAAUUAAUUUAACUCAAAAAUAAAUACUAUUUUUUUAUAAAUCUGUAUUUUUUAACUUUCUGUUGCUUUUAAUUAAUACUAACUUGCCAUGACUGGACGAUACAAAUUUGCAAAUUCUUUAUUCACAAUGAUACAGAUUGUACAGAAUCAGCAUAAAACAUAAACUUGAGAAUCUUUUUUUUUAACUUAUUUUUUGGAAUAUUUCUUUGCAUUUAAAUUUUUCUUAUGUCUUCGAAAAACAUGGAAACACCAAAAAUGAAAGUGGUUUUUGCUUUAUAAACUUGAAGAAUCUUAUAUAUCUUUUUCUGUUACAUUUCCUUUUCUUUAAUCUACAAUUAUUUUUUGCUUCUGUUAACUUAUGAAAGGAUGAAUAAUCAAUUGUUACAUAUUCGUUUAUUGAUAUAAAAGCCAGUUUUAUAUAUAGCGUUUUACAAUUUCUUGUAAAUAUUGCUGUUUUACAGUUUGUGCUUCUGUUGGAUAAAGAGAGGAGGAAAUUUAUUAUUGCUAUAAAGAUAUAUAUAUAUGCAAGCGAUUUCACUAUGAUUCUAUAGUUUACACAUACAUACAUCUUAAAAUAUUUCACCUAUAUUUUCUUUAAAUGUUAAGUAAAAAUUAUUAGACAUGAAAUACUAUGAACGAUUUUUUAUAGUGAUAAAACGACUAUUAUGUAUAUCACCUUUGUAAGUUGUCCUUUACAUUCCGGAAAAAUCUAUACAAUAAAAUUUAAAGAUAACUACUGU